AAAAGGUGGAUUCGGGAAGCCAAUGGGUGGUGGAGGCGGUCUCGCUAGAGGUGGAGUACAAAAGAUGCCGUGGCUCAGUUUCGGCAAUACCGCAGGACUCAACCCUGCCGCGGCUGCGCAGCAGAAUAACGCGGACUCGACACAGUCCAUGCUGCUGCGAGUUACGGCGCGAGUACUGGUUCUAGAGAACCAGUUAGCGCAGGUGGCGGAGACCCAGAAGCAGUGCCUGAGUUUGAUGGGCAGCAUCUAUCCGCCAGCCCUUGCUGCAGCAUCUUCUCCGGCUGGCUCGCCUGCAGGCGAUGGUAGAGGUGGUGGAGGUGGCGCGACGUCGUCUUCGCCAGGCCAAUUAGGCGUAGGAAAGGCCGCUAGCACUGGUACACAACACUUAGCAGUAUCGCUCUCAGCACAGCGACGCGGCAGCCGCGAAAGCCGACGCGGUAGCUUGUCCAGCAGACGUGGCAGCGUCUCCAGCCGGCGGGGGAGCGCUGCGAGCAGAAGAGGAAGCUUCGAGCAACAGGGGAAGAGCCUCACCCAAAGUGCACAUCUAGGCGGGGCAACGCGCCAAAGCAUAUCUGUUAAUGUGUCUUCUGCUGGAGGUGACCAGCAACAUACGUUACACAGACGAGGGAGCUUGGAAAAAAUCGCUGGCGUUUUGAAUUUGGAUAAGCUGCUGAGUGCGUCGAGUGGGAUGUCGCACAAUCACCGGAGGAGCAGUCGUACCAGCAUCAUAUCGAGCGCAGAAUUUUACGCAUCGGGGCUAGGGGGGCAUCAACACGGUCGCAAUAGUGGCGGCGGUGGGGGUGUGGGAGGUGGAACAGCGAGUACCACCAUGCAAAGAAUGAGCAUAUCUGCAGGUGGGGGCUCGGACCAGAUGAAUAUGCUCAGGUCCAGAAGUAAACAGAAGCAACUCAUCGAAGUCGUACCGAACUCUAAUAGACCGUCACAGGAAGUAGAUCUAGAUGCCGUAGCAGAACUACCGGAAGUAGACCAGCACUCGGUAGUACCGAAGAUCGUUGUACCUGGAAUAAUAGCUCCUUCUGUACUAGACGAGCAGAACGGAACGGCUUCAGGAGUAUCAGAUAACACUUCCACUCGUCCUCGUCCUAUGAUACAAUUUCUAGGAGGUGAUGGCAAUCUCUUAGGAACCUCAGCUUCUCCUUCCCGCAGUACAUCAAAGAUGACGACUGGAGGGGACGACAGAAAACCGCCACCCCCAUCGCCUUGUGGUGCAUCUAUGAUGGCACGGGGUGCAUCACCAGGCCUAGACGAACCCAAUUCCGCAGCCGCGGCUGACAUGCUACAAAAAGUGAACAUGCUUGCUGGUAUAACAGCAGCUAGUACAUCCACGGACGAAAGAUCAGGAGUGGAAGAGAACAAAACAGUAGCGCCAUCACCAGGAGGUAGUGCGGGGAAAGAUGAGCAGUUACACAAACGGGCAACUAGCAGUCCCGACGCAGGUGAGGAAAUCACUAAGAAGGAGAGCCCGACACUGGUGCUCACAUCAUCUGGUGCAGCUGAGGGGGCGCCGGGAUCUGAAGUAAAUCCGGCAACAGCGGGAGAUGGUGGAGGAAUAAUACCGACAAUCGGCAUUGCGCCUGCGAUAACAGGAACAGAGCCUCGUGGCACCAACGAUGUAAAUCCAGUGACAGGGUCUACUAACAAUACCCAGCUGCAAGGCGAAGCCGGAGACCAACCUAUUGAUGCGGAUAGGCCCAACGAUGUGAGCGGGACAGUCCCAGACGAGGAGCCGGCUUGUGAGCCACCACCGACUGCGCGCUCGGCGGGAGCGGGUGAGCCGGAGCCGGAUGAGGCUGAAAAUCCUGAGGCCGAUCAUCCAAUUCCUAAUAGUAAUGCUCCCGUAGAUCAAACUUGAUCUGUCAUAAUCAAAAGAACAAGAGAUGUAUAUGCAGUAGAAGAUGUCUCCCUGCCCUUCUAGUCUUUUUUGGAAGUAAGUAGCUAUUUAGCCUUAGUGUUGUCGAGGAAGAAAAUUUGGAACUUUUGUACACCAUCAUAAUUCCUAACUCUAUGGUGCGCAUGCUAGUCGGUAUAUUUUACUUCAUAUUUCGAUGGGAUUCCCACUUGGAACAAGUUUUUCUAGAGCAAUUUAGCAGCGUGCAAGUGCUAGAUCUUAUGCACAUAAGUUGUCGUGUUUUUUAGAGUUGUAACGAUGUUGAUAAAUUUGUAAUCGGUAAACAAGUACAAGCAGAAGCAGUUCCUCUAAUCAGCAGAUUGAUUGAGCAUGAAAUGUACGUACAGUUCACGUUGAACAAGAGUGAGAAAUUUGCUAUUCGAGUACGUACAGUUCACGUUGAACAAGAGUGAGAAAUUUGCUUUUCGAUCGAAUAUUCCUAACUAAAACUAACUCUCUCAUCAUUCGAUCGUGCAAAUUUUUUCAGUCUUAGUUUUGUCAGUCGUGCCGAGUCCAGUGAGUAAAAGUUUAUCCUAGUUGACACCUUCUACUUCUAGUUCCACCUCAUAUUUACAGUGCUAAUGACUGUUGUCUCUUGUUUUCAGUUUCUGUUGUCGGCAGAUUCCUGACAGAGGAAUUUAGUUCGAAACAAAGUGACACGUUGAUAGUGAUCAACUAUGUUGAGUUGUUCAGGAGUGGCGCUUCAAAAUAUCUUCAUCUAAGUUUUCAAAAACAAAAAAUGUCAGAAGCAAGUCUGCUUUGUUUGCACAGUGCACCAAUGAAUAUUCGCUAAAUUUGCAGUGGCAUCUAGACUCCUCCUUGUUCCAACAUUUUAUAUAAUCUCGCAAACGUUGAUCUUGAUGUAGUUAUUCUUUUUAUGACACUCUCAAAAAGGUACGAGCGCGCAUAGCUUGCCGACGAUUGUAUGUAUUCUGAGUAUCAUUUUACAAGAGACUUUUGUAGCAAGUGGAAGCGCCGCGGAUGGGAGUACACUCUCUCAUUUGCCGGAAGAUGGUCACUCAAUAAUCACGACAAGACAAGAGACUAAUCAGGCACAGAAACCCCAAAAGAACCAAUGAGUAGAUUAGUCUUCUCUACUGUUUCAACAACGUCGCCAAGUUGGCGAGUACG